UGAAAUGGGCUCAGAUUUUUUUUUUUGAAAGAAAUGGGCUCAGAUUUACCCUGUGCCGCUACCUGCAAGCUGACCUGCAGUACUCUGCUCUGCUGCGCCCGCCUUGCCUGCCCCAGCCGACCCAAUGGAGAAGGCUGCCUCAUUCCUCUCCUCGCUCCUCGCCGGCGGCGGCGAUGCCAGGGCGCCGGCUGCCACGGUAACGUCCGUCCUCGUGUACCCCAUCAAGUCCUGCAGAGGCAUCUCCGUGCCCCAGGCCCCCAUCACCGCCACUGGGUUCCGGUGGGAUCGGCAGUGGAUGCUCGUCAACUCCAAGGGGCGAGGCUGCACCCAGAGGGUGGAGCCCAAGCUCGCGCUCAUCCAGGUGGAGUUGCCGCCGGAGGCCUUCGCCGAGGACUGGCAGCCCACGCCCGAGGACCACAUGGUUGUCAGAGCUCCUGGAAUGGAACCAUUGAAGAUCCCUCUUGCUUCAGAAUGCGCCACAAUCUAUGAUGUAUCUGUUUGGGAGUGGUCUGGCUCUGCUUAUGAUGAAGGACCUGAAGCAGCCGAAUGGUUUUCCACUUUCCUUGGGAACCCAACUCGACUGGUGCGCUUUAAAGAAGAGUCGGAAACUAGACUAACCGACCCUGACUACGCACGAGGUUAUAGAGUUACGUUUUCUGAUGGCUACCCUUUUCUGAUAACCUCCCAGGGUUCACUGGAUGCGCUAAAUGAGAAACUCGAAGAUCCUGUACCAAUUAACCGCUUCAGACCAAAUAUUUUAGUGGAGGGAUGCCACCCAUAUGCAGAGGAUCUAUGGAAAACAAUAAAGAUAAAUAAGCUAACAUUUGGAGGUGUGAAGUUAUGCGGCCGUUGCAAGGUGCCUACAAUCAAUCAAGACACUGGAAUACCUAGCCCUACUGAACCAACUGAAACGCUGCAGAAAUAUCGGUCCGGAGAAGUGCUGCUUCCAAGCCACAAAAAUAAACGUCAGGUGUACUUUGGGCAAAAUGCAGUCUGCAAGGAAUCCCUGUCAGCUAAUGGCGAAGGAAGGAUCAUCAAGGUUGGCGAUCCUGUUUAUGUCACGAAGUCGUUCUCUUCAUCUGGUCAAGUGCCAGCCUGAGUGACUGAAUCAAGACUACGUAACAGCCACUUCUACCUAGGGGUGGUAAUGGACUAUGGCCCUAGUGAUUACUUCACAGUUCAGUCCUUAAUUUUUUUAACUCAAAAUUAUAUAAGGUUGGAGCCUGGCUUUUUUUAGGACCUGACUCUUAGACUAUCUGGAUCAAAUUUGACGGUCCAUUACCACCCUACUCUGUCCCCUGAAUCGAAGAACAUAAUGUAUAUAUUUACAUAAAGUAUAUGAUCCAAACAUUUGUACAAAUCCCACUAAUUUGGAUCGCGGUUAUUAAUCGUGAUCCGAAUUGGAGGGUUAUUAUAUGUAAAUUGUUAUACGGUCCCUCCUUUCCGGCA